AUGCUGGGUAAGUAAUGAGAAAGGGGGCAGUGAAUGCUCUGAGACGAGUUGGUGCUUCAGAGUGCUCUUUUUAAAAGUAAGGAGGAAGGGGCAGUGGCAACACUGGAUCAUGCUCAGGAGACGGUGCAGAAUAAUGGCAUGUGGUGCGCAGAGCAUCCCUAAUGGGUAAGGUUGGACUUAGCACUGUAAAGAAUUGCAAUUAAGGCAUUCAGCUGAUCUUUCCCUCCUAUCAUCUUACAGAACUGACUCCCAGAGUAAUUCCUCUAUCUUUCUCUUCUCUUCUCUCUCUUUCUCUCUCUAUUAAAUAUAGAAACACAAAUAAAACCUUAUUCAAUCAGGAAAGUAUUCAAAACUCAUAACAAAUAAUUGCUGCAUGACAAAGUGAAAUUGUUCUCCAAAGUGAGUCCCUCAACAGCAGUCUGUCUCCCCUCCUCCAACUUUCUUUCUUUACAGCCAAAUAAAAGGAACAGAUGUUAACAGACUUCUGCCAAAAUUUCCAUGAGCCCCAUAGGCAGAGGGAGCAACUGAGUUGAGAUGUCGCCAUGGCAGAGUUUAAUUCCAAAACUAAUAAACAAACACAGGAAAACAAUUAAAAAAUGAAGUCCACAGGAUGAAUGCUGUGAAAAUUGGCAGAGGGGAUUUUUUUUUGCAUCUUUUUUUUUUUUGUUUCAGCGAUACCUUCCAAGGUCCUCUCUGUUAUAAUGCUUUGAAAAGAGAAAUACCGGUAAUUAUUGCUUCCCCCCCCCCCCGGAUGAAAUUCACUCUUACCUUUAGUGGAGAUUUAUAAUUAUUUCAAGGUGUUCUUUGCAUAGCCAGUGGCUACUCAGCCUGAUUGCUAUGUUCUACCUCCACUGUUGGAGACUGUAUGCAUCUGAAUGCCAGUUUCUGGAAACCAGAGAAGGGGGGAGCAUUCUUGGGCCUAGGUCCUGCUUGUGGGCUCCCCACACACAUCUGGUUGACCACUGUGCGAACAGGAAGCUGGACUAGAUGGGCUACUAGCUGGAUCCAGCAUGACUCUUCUUGAUGCUCUUACGUUUUUAGAAAGAACAUGGACGGGCUGGCCCAAGACAUUUUAGCACCUGAGGUGGACCAGGGAAGAAGGGGUGAGGGAAGAGCUACAUGUCACUCAUGUGAGUGAAAAGCGGCAUAGAAAUAUAAUAAAUGAACAUGAAUGAAUCGGGAACAAGGCGGUGAAGGAAGCUUGACCUUGGAAUCUGCUGCCCCAGUGAAUCACGCUGCCUGAGGCAGUUACCUCACCUUGCCUCAUAGGUGGGCUGGCCCUUCACCCCCGCUGUCCUCUCUCUGUUGGGUGUGCACAUGUGUAUGGUGUCUCUAGAAUAAAAAGUUGCACAGGAUAAAGGUCCAAAUGAAUAAAUAGAGUGGAUGGUGAUCAUAGCUGUCAACCGUCCCUUAUUUGGCGGGAAACUCCCUUAUCCCAGAGCCGUUUCCCACUGCUGUCCCGGGUUGAUGAUGUCCCGUAAAUUUCCCAGGUUUCAAAGGAAGCAGCUCCUCUCCCUCCCUCCCUGCCGGCCAGGGAGGAGGGAGGCUCCAACUGUGUUGCUUGGCUGUGUUGCUCACCCAAUAAGGAGUCUAAGAACGACUGGGGGGUGGAGCUUGCAUACCUUGUGCCCGGCUGCGUUGCCUGGGGACUCGCUUUUGCUCAGCGCUUCCCAGCGUAGAGGUGACGGUGGUUUUCCUUGCUGCAUCCCCUUUGCCGGGUUGCUGCGCUGUGGGAACCACCGCUUGAGGCUUCGUUUGGCUGCUGGCUGGGCUUUCUGCCUUUGGCUCGGAGGGGCUCAGAAGUUAAACAUGCCUGUGCUCGGAAUCGGAUGGAUACGUCAUUGACGGCCCACUCACCCUUGCUGGGGAAAAGGUUUAUCUGGAGCAGGGGCACAUGGUGGAGGGAAAGGAAAGGCGAUCUCGUGGGAGGGGGGGCUUUUGGAUUUGUUUUGGAGGCUCCUUCGAUUGCCUGUUAUGGGGGAAAGGAAAGGAGCUGGUUAACUAAAAUGGCGGGUGGCGAUCUCGUGGCGAGGGGGGGAGGCUGUGUGUGUGUGGCUAGUUAAUGCAAACUGAUCCCUUAUUUUGGCUGCUGAUCCCUUAUUUUUGAGGCUGCUGGUCCCUUAUUUUCAAAUCUGUAAGUUGACAGCUAUGAUGGUGACCCUUAGAAUUGGUGAUGCUACCGGCCACUCUCACCAGCAAAACCUGCUGCUUUACUACAAGAGAAGUGGCCUUCACAGCUAGUAAUACUCCUGAAAUGUGGCAAAGGACUGUAAGAAGGGCUAUAGCAAUGAGGGAACUUGCCUCUAAUUGCCCCAGGCUGUGCUUUCCAACCUAUUCCUAGUCACUCCCUCCCUGUGUUUCCUUCCUUCCUUCCAGCUCUCUGUACAACACACAGCGAAUGGAAAUCAGUAAACCGUUCCCUUUAUUAUUUCCUUCUCCAUGUCUCUCCCCUUCCCCUCCAACCCCAGGUCACUUUUACUUGCCAAACAGCACCCACUUGAGAGAAAAUGGCUAAGUUGACUUGUAGGAAGCAGAACUGACCAUCAAACAGUGAGCGAGAAUGGUGUUGAGCAAGGAAAGGAUGAAGCAGAUACAAAACACUGCCCCAUGAUGCUGCCAUUAUUUCACAUGCAUGUGCGCUGAAGAUCGGGCAUUAAAGUUCAUUCCUUCGGCCAGUAAAGGGUUGCAGAAAUCAACAAAUGAGCCUGUGCAAAAAUGAAUGUGUUUGGUGCUUGGCGCAUUCAAAUUCAGAUUCCCCUUCCCCUUUAUGCAGUCAUUCCCCUCCAUACCAGCUUCCUCACUUAUCCCUUAAUUCCUUUUUCUCUUUGCACACACAGACAUUUGUGUACACAUUUCAUUCUCUUUCCUUUUUCUUGAUAUACACACCCACAUUAAUCUCUUUACACAAUUAAUGUUGUAAUCUUCCUUUCUGUCCCUUGCAGCAUAAUCCUAUGCAUGUUUACUCAGAAGUAUGUACUUUUAAGUUCAACGAUAAUCUCUCCGGAGCAAGAAUAUAUAGUACUGGGGGCAAACAGGGACAGUAUCUCACAUGUCUUUAUUUUAUUACAUUUACAUUCCAGCUAGGGUUAGAGGAUAAGCAAACUGCUCAAAUUCAUACCUCUUGGUCUGGGACAUAACUAUCAUUCAGAUAUUGCGUUUCUUUGAAUUUUACAAAACUGUAUUCAGCUUAAAUAUAUAUAUAUAUUAAUGCCAAAAUGCAUUAGAAGUGUGUAUAUUAGGAUAAAAUACAUUAAGAAAUGCAUACAUUGCGAUUAAAUAGGAAGUUCAAUGUGAAUUUUCAUGUAGGUUUUUCAAGUUAACAUAUUACCUGGUUAAUACAGAAACAUGGUAGAAUCGAUUUAUGAAUGAAUUCAUGCAAAACUGACACAGGCUUGAAAUAAACUGGUCCAUUCAUCCCUAAUCCUAUCUCCCCCCCCCCCCCCAAGAAAGUGGUAUACAUGAUGUGUGCUCCCUUUCCCCAAUUUAUCCUCAGAACAAUGCAUUGAGGUAGGUUAGGCUAGGAUAUAUUACAUAGACUUGAGGUGGGUGAUUCUCACUAUUUAGCCACCAUAGCUGAGUGGCAUGAUAGGGAAGGGGCAGAGAAGAGAAACUGGUACCCACUCUUGCCCACAAGUUGAUGACAGGGCUCCUGAGAGUGUGCAGUGGAGGCAGGAGACUGGGGAGUGACCCAGGAUAGGGGACCAGUAAUUGAUGGGGUUUGGCACUGCCUUCAAAGGUGGGGGAGGGAGGUAGAGUUGAGGCAGUCCGAGGCAGAGGGAGGCACGCAGGAUGUGGCAGAGGAAGAAGGGAUGGCUCAGGUGAGGAAUGGGUCCGUAGCUUCCCCACUUUCCCCUAGAACCAGGAGGGGCUUGAAACGUGAAGAGCAGUGUCGACUUUUGUGCAGGAGAAGUCUCAGCUUGUGGGGGAAGGUAUAUAAGGUACAUAAGCCGGCAGAGAGGGGAGGUCUCCCUGUUGCUGCAUGUACUCCACAGGGUGGAGGACUAAGGGACAGCUGCCUAGUGCCUAAAAGUGCAUACCCUCCAAUAUUUCCAUGGAAAUAGGGACGUCCCAUUCCAUAAUGACAAUUUUACUAUUCAUACCCCACACAUCGUACUGGCUUGCCUCAGCCACUCUGGGCAGCUUCAACAUAUAUAAAAAUGUGGGUUACAUACGCUUCAGGUUACAUACGCUUCAGGUUACAGACUCCACUAACCCAGAAAUAGUACCUCAGGUUAAGAACUUUGCUUCAGGAUAAGAACAGAAAUUGUGCUCUGGCGACGCAGCAGCAGCAGGAGGCCCCAUUAGCUAAAGUGGUGCUUCAGGUUAAGAACAGUUUCAGGUUAAGAACAGACCUCCGGAACGAAUUAAGUACUUAACCCGAGGUACCACUGUGUGUGUGUGUGUGUGUGUGUGUGUGUACACACACACCUUCCCUGUACAGGAUUGCCUUCAGAUGGCUUGGGGGUCAGGUAACUCCAUACCCUCAAGCAUGUGAUGGCCUGGGAAUCCGAUUCAGAGGCUGAACCGGAGGAAUCCCAGCCUGCACAGGAGUCCCCGCCUCCAGGGCCGGCUGAACUGGGACAGGGCCUUGAUUCUGAAGCGCCUACACCUGUGCCGGAUCCUCAGGAGCAGGCACCAGGUGAAUCCACUCUGGCUCCGGAGGUGGUUGAGGACUCAGUGCCUACAGGUGAGUCUCCCCCUGGGUCCAGUAACCCUUCAGCCUCUCCUGAACUGCAGAGGCUUAGGGCAGAGAGGCGGAGGGAACUGGUUUCUCCCAGGAGGAGUGCUCGCCUUAAGGCCAGGAGAGGCGGGUCUCCUGGGGGCCGGGACCGCCCCUGGCCUCGGAGAAGAUAAAGGCCAGUCAGCCCGGUCCCAGGUUGCGGGAGCAACGUUGUUGAAGAGCUGUUUCGGCCAGCACCCAGUCCGGUUCCCCCAGAGUUCCUGUCCUUGCCCGGCUCCUCGCUAAGGACCCUGCUUCGCCCGUGGAGGACUGUCUGCCAACCCUCAACUCAGGUCCUGGACCCACAGUAACCUCCCCCCUGGACCAGCACAAAGCAUUUCUCCAAUGAAAACAAGGUAAAGGUAAAGGGACCCCUGACCAUUAGAUUCAGUCGUGGCCAACUCUGGGGUUGUGGCGCUCAUCUCACUUUAUUGGCUGAGGGAGCCGGCGUACAGCUUCCAGGUCAUGUGGCCAGCAUGACUAAGCCGCUUCUGGCAAACCAGAGCAGCACACGGAAACGCCAUUUACCUUCCCACCGGAGCGGUACCUAUUUAUCUGCUUGCACUUUGACGUGCUUUCGAACUGCUAGGUUGGCAGGAGCAGGGACCGAGCAAUGGGAGCUCACCCCGUCGCAGGGAUUCAAACUGCCAGCUUUCUGAUUGGCAAGUCCUAGGCUCUGUGGUUUAACGCACAGCGCCACCCACGUCCCUCUUAAUGAAAAUAGGGACAUCCUAAGAAAUAGUGGGACAUUCCGGGAUCAAAUCAGAAACUGGGACAGUUUCUCUACAUCAGGGACUUCUCUGGAAAAUAGGAACACUUGUGGGGGGGCAUGCAAAGUAACGCAGGAGUUGCUGCAAGUGCUUCUUUUGUCAAUGAAGACUUUGCUAUCAAAUUUGUACCUUCCUUAGCUGGGGUGGUUCAGCGCAUGCAUGGAAACAGUCCAUAAUAACCAGUCAAGCUUCCCCACAACACCCACUCAAACGAAAAGAAAGAGAACUAUUCAUCAUCUCUAAUGGGAACCGUACAAGUACAGCUUCAUUUCAUUCACGGAUCUGUAGACAAGCCUGGAAAUCUAACAAUGGCACAGACGGUUCUCGGUGUCUGCAGAGACAGCCUUUACAUGCAGACAUUUGACGCACUUGAAGGGAGUCUAUGCGAGAAAUGAAGUGGUUGCGCCCUCGAGCUCUGUGCCCGCUCCUUCCCAUUCCCCUCGACACGCACACACCUCAAACCAGAUGUUCUCCACCCUCACUGAUACCCUUUUGCCUCCCCUUCCCGCAAACUGCAUCCUGUUUCAGUGUUUACUAUCCAUAUGGGCAAAACACACACACACAUAAAUACUAGGCAUAAAUCUUUAUAUAUACAGCAUAAUAUCGAGAUCUCUCCAAGGAAGGCAUCCUGUUAGCCUCUAAAUCUAUUUCUUUUAAUCUAAUCUUCAUCUGUAAUGGUUUUUCUGGCUGCAACCCGAACGGAAACAUCUUGGCAGGUGGGAAAGAAUGAAAACAUUCGAGGUUUGUUUCGAAAGGUUUUCCCAGGGAAGGCUGGCGUUUCUAGUUUCCACCAGCAUGGCAGCACCUGCAAAGCCCAUGAAAUACGGCAGGCGCCUGGGACUUGACCCUGCGAUGCGAGCCAAGAAUCAUACAGAUGGGAACUCACUAAAACCUGAACAUAAAGAUGUCAGGAGCACCUUAAAACCAUUUAAAAAUGGCAGGAUUGAGAGCUGGAUUAGAUACAAUAGCAGGCAAUCAGAUGGGGGAAGGGACAGGAAGCUUUUUAAAAGCAAAAAUGGGGUGUGCAGAAGUAGGGAGAUGCACCCUUUUCACCCCCAAGAGAAAAUGCAUGGAGCUGAGAUCUAAUAAUAAUUUUAUUAUUUAUACCCUAUGCAUCUGACUGGGUUUCCCCAGCCACUCUGGGUGGCUUACAGCACAUAAAAAAUUGUAAAACAUUAGACAUUUAAAUUUUUUCCAAUACAGGGUUGCCUUCAGGUGUCUUCUAAAAGUCAGAUAGUUGUUUAUUUCCUUGACAUCUGAUGGGAGGGUGUUCCACAGGGAAGGUGCCACUACUGAGAAGGCCCUCUGCCUGGUUCCCUGUAACCUCACUUUUCACAUUGAGGGAACUGCCAGAAGACCCUCAGAGCUGGACCUCAGUGUCCAGGCUGAAUGAACAGGGUGGAGACACUCCUUCAGGUACAUUUUUACUUUAUAGGAGUGGUGUGAUUGUUUUUCCCACCUGGCUCUGACCCACAUCGCUCCUGUCCUGUUAGAUUGGGGGAGAUCACAAGGGAGCUGCUGAUAAUUCACUUCCACCAAAUGCCAGUGUCACUCCACACAGAGGAAGGUCGUGGUGAUGGGGUAAGAUGUAAACAUGCUGUUUUCCUCCCCGCUUUGCAUUAGCUGGAUCCAUAAGAGAAGCAGCAUCUACACAUCUGCAAGUAUUGGAAAAAUUGUUUAGGGUCUGCAUUGGCUCCAAACAUCCAUUUCCCACCUGUCCCAAUGCUCUUACUCAGUGCUUUUUUCUGGGGGGAUGCAGGGGGACGCAUACCCCUAAACAUUUUGUGAAUCUAAGUUUGGCCUCAUUGAGGGGCAAUAUUUCAAUAUGAGUAGGAAAAUGAGAGUACCCCUAAACAUUUUUUGGGGGUGGGAAGCACUGCUCUUUCUGCUUCACAGGGUUGCUCUGAGAAGAAACUAGGUGCACAGGUCAAAAGUAGUUUGCAUGCUAACAUGCGGCAUCAACGGAGCAAGGCAGAUCCAGCACCCAGUGGCCUUACUAAAUGUUAAAUAAGCUACAGUGAAAUUGAUGUUUCCCAUGAAUAAGUAAUCCUUCAUAGAAAAAAGGUCCCCCACUCCUGCAUUAAAAGCUCUAGCAGGCCAACUCCACCGUUCUCUCCCCGCCAUCUAGCCCCCUUGACUUCCCAUCAAUUCUGGAAGUUAGAGGGCAAUAGUCCUUGUGGGGCCAUUUUGUUGGUUUUUAGUAGUUUUAGUUAAAGAAUAAAAGCAGAAUUCCCUGGAUGACUUGAUUCACAUUUGGGGCAAGUACUUUUUUGUUGAGAGAGACCCACCAGAGAUUUAAAAUUACAAAACAUGCAGCAAAGUAAAGCAUGGGAAUAUAGACUGAUAGGGCUUUAAAAUAUUCCCUUCUAAGUUUCUUCCAAAGUUUUCCACUUGGCUUAGCGUGGAAAGAGAAGAACUCUUCAAAGGUCAGAUUGGUGUGCUUUUCCAUACAGUAGCCAAAAAGACAGGCAGUAUAACUUAGUUUCAAAAAUGGUAAGAGUUUCUAAAUUAUUUGCAUAAAAACACCAAGAUGGCUUGCUAAAACCAUGCGGUCUGGGCUUGGAGCAACCAACACAGACAGCCUUACUGGUUGGUUCACAUGGUGGGAAAGUGGGAGAACAAAGAGUUUGGAAACCGUUCCUCCCACGGUGAGGGUGUGUGACUUAGCUACACCUGGCAGGACAACUUACUCUAUGGUCUUAACCCCUUCAUGCAUUAAAUAGAAGUAAGCAUGUUGGUUAUAUGACGCCCAAAGAAUCCUGGGAACUGUAAUUUAUUCCUUGCAGCGCUAUCAGCACACUUCACAAACUACCGUUCCUAGGAUUCUUGAGGUCCAUGCUUUAAAUGCAUGGUGUCUAUACAGCUUCUUACUAAAUGUUUCAUAGUUCUUUUUGACCACUGCACAUGAUCAGUUCUUGAUGGGCUGCUUGGAGAAGGGUUGCAAAUUUUGAUGUUUUGGGGAGGGUGGCAUUCACCAUCUGAAUUCAUUAUCGCAGGGUGUUGUUACUUAGAUUAUAAUUCAGGGUGUGUGUUCUGUAACUGUACAUCCCUUCUUGCUUGAUGGUCCCAACUGUAUUAUAGAGCUCAACCAUUCAGAAUAAGUUCGGUUUUGCAGCAAAACACAUUGGUCCAUGAAACAUGGAUGUUGAUUGUCCUCAAUAUUAAAGAUUAACCUUUUUUUAUUUAAAAAUUGGGCACAAUCUAGCUAAAGGGAAGCAAUUUCCAGUCCCAUUGUUUUCAUUGCACGAAAUAUAUGUAUUUGCUGAACUUUCCACUUGAAAACAUUGAGCCUACAUAACUCCAGCAGAAUUGUGCCUGGAAUUUUCUUUUAAGGUUGGAAAGUUGGGACAUAAUGUGUUAAAUGACGUGUGAUGACCGGACAUAAAGCAGCAUCCCAGUCCAAGGAUUUUCAGUCAAGCUUCUCUAAUUGCGAGUGACAGAGAUAAAUUUUGCUGUUGUUCUCCUCUCCGCCACUGAAGCAUAUUCUCCCUCUAGGUAUGAACAUUGUGGUCAGUGUCAGAAUCAUCCACCUCUGCUUGCGAGAUGACUUCUAGCUUUCCCUCUGAAUCAGGGACACAGCAAUUAAGUGGGGAGCUGUGCUAGUUUUCUCGUGGAAAGAGAACAGAGCUUUUUGCAACCGGCUUUUUGCUGGCAUUUAUUGCUGUUGUCGUUUAGUCCUUUAGUCGUGUCCGACUCUUCGUGACCCCAUGGACCAGAGCACGCCAGGCACUCCUGUCUUCCACUGCCUCCCGCAGUUUGGUCAAACUCAUGUUGGUAGCUUCAAGAACACUGUCCAACCAUCUCGUCCUCUGUUGUCCCCUUCUCCUUGUGCCCUCCAUCUUUCCCAACAUCAGGGUCUUUUCCAGGGAGUCUUCUCUUCUCAUGAGGUGGCCAAAGUAUUGGAGCCUCAGCUUCAGGAUCUGUCCUUCCAGUGAGCACUCAGGGCUGAUUUCCUUCAGAAUGGAUAGGUUUGAUCUCCUUGCAGUCCAUGGGACUCUCAAGAGUUUCCUCCAGGACCAUAAUUCAAGAGUAUCAAUUCUUCAGCGAUCAGCCUUCUUUAUGGUCCAGCUCUCACUUCCAUACAUCACUACUGGGAAAACCAUAGCUUUAACUAUAUGGACCUUUGUUGGCAAGGUGAUGUCUCUCCUUUUUAAGAUGCUGUCUCCAUGGACAAAGACAACAGGCUGGCAUUUAUACCAGCAUUCUAAUAUAAGCCUGGUUUGUAUGUUCCCUUCAAAGUUUAAUCGGAGACAAAGUUCAUCUCUCCCCAGCUCACUAAACAAAAAAGGAGAUGUCAACACAUUGACAUGGAUGUUCACUUUCUGGUGCACUGCUGGAGAACCUGUGGUCCCCCAGAAGUGUAGGUCAUUCAGAACCAGUGUUAUUUGGUCCUGGUGGCCUCUCCCAGUCACCAGUCUUGCUGCCGCAUUCUGGAUUAGUUGUAGUUUCCGAGUCACCUUCAGAGGUAGCCCCAUGUAGAGUACAUUGCAGUAGUCCAAACUAGAAAUAACCAUAGCAUGUAUCAGAGCAAGGAUGUGAAGAAGGAGGAGGCAGAAGAGCAGUCAGGCAGAACAAGAUGUCGGUACUAUACAAAGUCUGGCUGUUGACCAAGCAAAAAGCCAGGUCUGAUUUGGAAGCAUUUGUAAGGCCUGGUGAAUAAGAACUAAUGUAGGGAAUACUGCAGUCGGCAGCAGUGUCUGGAUGGAAAUUGUUAAAAAUGUCCAGGAAAAUACGGAUGUAUGGUAGCCCAUGCUAUUUUUGCUGAUUUUCCAUAAAAAAUAGCUCAAAAAUGCAAUUAUUGUUUUUUUGCAAUUUUGCUCAGAAAGCACAACUCCCUAAACUGUAUAGAAACUUAUUCAUGUAUGCUACUACAGCGGCAAGGACGUUAUUCUCCCCAAAAUGGAAAGAAGCAGAAUUCCCAUGGAAGAAAGAAUGGAUACAAAAAACUUAUGGAAUAUGCAGAAAUGGCGAAACUUACCAGAAAAAUAAGAAAUCAAGAUAACAAACUUUUUAAAAUAUAAAAUAAUGGAAAUGGUUUACUGAAUAUUUACAAACAAACUGUAAACAGAUAAGAACAUUGGCAAGAUUACUGCAAUAACCUGUGUUUAUAAGAGUAUAUAUUUAAAGUAGAUGAAUAAAUGAGCAAAUUAAGUUAAUUUGGAUAUGCAGAAAUAUUAAAAAAUUAAGGAAACGCAGAAAGAGGGGGAAGGAAGUCAAGUUUUGAAAUGUUCAAAUGAUGUUCAAAUGUUCAAAAAAGCACAAAAAUGUAAAAAAGCUCAACAACUUUGCCAAAGAAAGCUCAACAACUUUUCUGUCCAGAUUUUUACUGUUUGAAGCAUAGCAACCCUAUAAUACGGUGGGAUAGAAACACCAAAUAUAACAGUGUCUUAUCCUGUUUUGACAUUGAUAGCACUAGCUCAGUGGGGCUUUUUUAAUAUACCAGGGUACACCAGCUUGAAUCAUAAAACUAGUAAAGGUAGAUAUACCACUAUCAGAAUGGAUAUGGGGAAGUUUUCAGGAUCAGUGUAUUUGAGAAGGAUCCAAAAAUAAUAAUACCUAAGAUUUGGGUUAUGUACAGGUCAGAUAUCCCUUUGUUAGUACCGGUAACAAAUGGAGCUAGAGCUCAGAAAACAAAGAAUUAGACUUCAAUAACUGAACAAGAGGCAGCAUUACCAAGUUCAAAGUUUUUAUUUUUUAGGAAUAUAAUCUUAUCACAUGAUCAGUUGAAACCACAAAAUCCCAAUGCUCAGCUACCAUUGUUUCAGUACUUUAAAUUAGGAACGAUUGUUGAUAUCCAAGUAGGUCAUAUUCAGAAGUGUGUACAGAGGGGAGUGUGUGUACGAACUUAAUAGCAUUUAGCUUAUUAUUUUUUUGUUGCCGUAUUGUUAAUAUUGUUUUAUAGUAUUUUUUUGUUUUAUAAUAUUUUUUGUUGCCAUAUUGUUAAUAUUGUUUUAUAGAUUAUAAUUUCCUUAUUGGUUUGUUAAUCAUAUAAUAGGACUUGCAUGUUCAGACCUUUAAACCUCCCCCUUAAAUAAAUUCAGACAAGACUCAAAUUUUGGUUUGGUUUUUGGCAGAAUUUAGGCCACAGAUUUAUUGAUCACAGCAAGUGACUGGUUGCAUAGGCUCUGGUUCGACUAGCUCCCUGCACCGUUGCAGGUAGCACUGACCCAGGGCACCCGCAGAGGUCAGCCUAGGGUGAACACCUGGAUAAGUGGAAAGCCGGGAACAGGCUAUCUCUGCCACCCAAAUGCCCCCCUGAACUCAGGCACGGGCACAACCCCCUCACAGGGGUUGACCAAACCAUCAAGUCCCUGGAUUCCUUUAACAGAAUACCCCUAACAUAGGGAUGGCGAGAGCGUUCCUCCCAUCCCCAUCACCUGAACCAGAGCCUAUCUGCAACCUUAUAAGUUGUGAUGAUUUGCUAUGUGGCAGUCAAAACCCAAAUGGCACCAGCCAAUCAGCCAAGUGGGGAAAAUUCCUGCCGUGCCCCUGCCCCAAUGACAGACGACACACGAUGGCAUAGCAAGGUCAAGCGCACAGCUCUAAAUAUAGGGAGAGGUGGGCGGGUGUUCCGAUGCAUGCACCGAAAGAGGAAGCUCUGGGUCACGUGCAUAGGUAUAUAUAGGUCCCUCAAUUCGUUUAGCUUGCAUCCCGUUGGCCUGAUUUAACCCAGCAUCAAGGGACCUACCAAUUGGGUGUUGUGGCUAUCCAAUCUUACCCAUCCACAACACAGGGGUUGGUUGCCAGGUCUCACCGCAACACAUGCCCUCUUUAAGGGAGGACCCGAUUUAUGCUGUAAUUACGAUCUUUAGCUUGUUUUCUUAGUUGCUGGUUUGCUAACAUUGUAACUGUUUUACUGGUAAUUUAUUAAUUAUAUGAUUUACGCUGUUCUUAUGAUCUUGUACUAUGUUCUUAUAAUGUGAACCACCCUGAGAUCUUUGCAUGAAGGGCAGUAUGAAAAUUUAAUAAAUAAUAAAUAUAUAUUCAGAAGAGACCAAUUGAAAUUCAUGACUUAAGUUCAGUGAUUUUAAUGGAUGAGUAUAAGUAAUGCUGGAUAUCACUCUACAUUCAGAAAUAAAUGCAGAGAGGCAUUAGCACUUUCUGAAAAGCUAUCAUACUAGAGAAAGACAAAGGGCUGCUGUCUAAAAUAUACAAAAUACUGUCGGACCCAACCAAUCCAAAAGACUCUGUAAAAUGAAACUGGGAAAGAUAAUUGAAUAUUGCAAUAACGGAAGACAAGUGCAAAUAUGUAUGUGCGAAACAAACAAACAUCUGGCAGAUGUUGCAUCAAUGGAGAAUUUCUAUAAAAUAUUGUAUAGACAGUAUUACAAACCAGUAUGAAUAGCAAGCAUGUCUUCAAAUCUGUCAAAUAAAUGCUGGAGAGUUAACAGAGGAAGAAGCAUAUUAGCUCACAUCUGGCAGGAACGCCCUCAGGUCAAAAAAUAUUGGUCAGACAUCAGAAGCAGUAUCAGAGAUAUAGUGCGAUAUAUGAUUCAAUUGAAUCCCUCAACCAUUUUACUGGGAAGGAUGAAAGGACAACAGGAAAGAGCAUGUUUUGUGUGUUGUAAAUAUGCGAACUGCAGCCUUUAUGUUAUUAGCCAAAGAGUGGAAAGAGGCUCUUACCAUCUAUUGGUCAAUAAAGGACUGACAUGUGGAGUAUCAUUUUUUAUCAAGAAGAUGAUGGCCUGUAAAUAAAUAAAUAAAUAAGUGUGUUGGGAAAGGAAGAAAUAAUUGUAUAGACACUUUCAAGGAAACUGCUCAGCCCUUUGUACAAUUUUGGAAUGGAGACUGGCCAACAGAAUCCACUCCUGUGGACGACUUUACAAUCAGAUGUGGAGUGAAUAUAUUUGUAAUGAUUUAAAUAUGUGACCUUCUCCCCCCCCCCUCGGUCUCUUUUUUGCUGGAGUGGCAAACGAGAUAUGAAGCCAAGAAAUCCGAAUCCUUGUAUAAAUUUUAAAUUGGAACCUUUCCUCACUUUCUGUGUAAAUAAUCUGAUACACUUUUCAUACUUCUCUCAUUUUAUGGGGGUGGGGGGAGAUAGAUCUAAUGAACUGCCAUACUGGGACAUGGAAGAAGAAUGCUACCUCUUCUCCCUUCCCUCUAAAGCAGGGAUGGUGAACCAGGUAUUGUUGGACUCCAAUUCCAGUUAGGACCCGUCAAUUUGGCCAAUGGCUAGGGAUGAUGGGAGUUGUAGUCCGGCAACCUCUGGAGGGUUGUAAGUUCCACAUCCCUGGUGUUCAGUACUACUACUACUACUAUUAUUAUUAUUAUUUAUACCCCACCCUUCUGGCUGGGUUUCUCCAGCCACUCUGGGCGACUCCCAACAGAAUAUCAACAAUAAUAACAAUAAAAGCGAUAAAACAUCAAACAUUAAAAACUUCCCUAAACAGGGCUGCCUUCAGACAUCUUCUAAAAGUCAGAUAGCUGUUUAUUUCUUUGACAUCUGGUGGGAGGGCGUUCCACAGGGUGGUUACCACUACCAAGAGGGCCCUCUGCCUGGUACUGAAUAUUUAUGCCCACCCACCCACCCAAGAGUGUGGCUCUGGAGGUCUCCACUUUACAGUGAUCCUCCUCUGUUUAGGGAAGCUUUUAAUGUUUAAUAGAUUAUUGUAUUUUAAUAUUUUGUUGGAAGCCACCCAGAGUGGCUGGGGAAACCCAUCCAGAUGGGCAGGGUAUAAAUAAUAAAUUACUACUACUACUACUACUACUACUACUACUACUACUACUUACAUGUUGCAUGCAGAGGACCAGGACUCUUAGAAAUAAGAACCUGGACUCCAGGACUCUUAUGUUUACUAGAUGAGCAGGUUUAUUUUAGAGUUUCUUGCUUGCUUACUGUAACGUAAAACCUAGUGUUCUUUUCCCCCAGAGUUCCUCCAACCACUGUCUGCUUACUGGAAGCCUGUGGUGGACUGCUUCGUGCUAAGCCCAGAAAAUCUGGAACCCUGUUCUGGAUCAUGGAAUGGACCUACAAUAACCAUGUCAACACCUGAAGAAGCCAUGUCAGCAAAAAAAACCUCCCAGAUUCGAACAUAGGUAGGCAUUUGAUGAAUUAGGCAAACACAUGAAUUCACCCUGAGCUGCACUUCAGAAGUCAUGGAGAAGGAAAACCCAGGGAAUGUGGCUCUCAGGCAGACUUUACACUCAGCUCUUCUCAUUUCUAUAAAUGAAGCACUGAAAUACACUUCGACUUUCGUCAUGUCAGGAGACCUGGCACAUUAAAGAUAAUGCUAGAGACCCGCUUUCAAACGACAGAAAAUAGCUCCAAAGACCAGAGAAGUGGUGAGUGCGUGGAAAGCAUCCACGAUGAUUUCCCACGAGGCGUUUGUGUUUCAAUAACAAUAUUAAAGGAUUUGGAAGCAAGUUGGGAAACAACUACUUUUGUUAUGAAGCCAUCAAUUAUGAGUCAUACCCUUCAUGGAAAGAAAAACAGCCAGAUAUUCAAAGACGAGCAAUGUUUUCAAGUAAAUACAGAGGCACCAAAAAAAAGAAGAGGAGGAAACCAGGAAGGAUCAUUGCAGGAUUUUAAGAUUGUUGUGUGUUUGUUUGGAUUUUUUAAAAAAGAAGAAGGCUGGAACGGCUUCCUUUUCAGGCCUAGUGGAGGUAAAAUGGUCUGUUUUUGACCCAUAUGCUGUAGUUUGGCUAAAGAAACAGUACAGGGAGAUCCCAGAACUUCUUGGUUCUAUUCCUGAUGAAUUAUGUUCCUCAACACAUUUCUUCACAGUCACAGUCUGCCUUCUGCGAAACACACACAUACACACACACAGUGCAGUGCCUUGAUCUCACCUUCUUUUGUAUUGAUUAAAAUUCAACCUCAGACCAUAGCUGUCAACUUACAGAUUUGAAAAUAAGGGACCAGCAGCCUUGAAAAUAAGGGACCAGCAGCCAAAAUAAGGGACCUGCAGCCUCACCUGUUCCAGGCACUCCAGUCUUCCUGUCCUCCUGCAGUCUGGUCAAACUCAUGCUGGGUAGCUUCGAGAACACUGUCCAACCAACUUUGUAACCAGAGGUUCAACUGAAUAGAAUCUGAAUCACAUGUACCACAAGGCCUAUGCAGCCUCAACUUAAGAUGGCUCCCCGGCCUGGCUUUGCACUGCAAAGUUUGCAGCAGCACGUGCAACAAAAUGGCAUCCAGCAUUCAAAAAGCUCCUCAGCUUGCAUUAACUAGCCACACACAAGGCAUGCAAGCUCCACCCCCCAGUCGUUCUUAGACUUCUUAUUGGGUGAGCAACACAGCCAAGCAACACAGUUGGAGCCUCCCUCCUCCCUGGCUGGCAGGGAGGGAGGGAGAGGAGCUGCUUCCUUUGAAAUUUAAGGGACAUCAUUUAAGGGACAUUUAAGGGACAUCCAUCAAUAAGGGACAACAGCGGGACAUGGUGCUGGAAUAAGGGACUGUCCCUUCAAAUAAGGGACACUUGACAGCUAUGUCUCAGACCCCUUAAAUGCGGCUAAACCACAAAGCAAAAGAAAUAUCUUAAUCAGUGUGGGUUUGCAAUAUUGUGAUUCAGCUGUUAUGUGCCUGGCUUAAAUUUUCUAUUUACUUGUGGCCUAUAGAUGUGACCACCCAGAAGCCAACUGCCUCUAGCCCAGUUAAAAGCAGCUGUGCUGUCAAUAAUCUUCUUCCAAAUUUUGCUCUUAGGGACUCAGAGGUUCCAUGGAAGCUGACCAGAGCUUGCUCAAUGAAAAAUUCAGCAACGGUAAGCAAGGUCACUUCCCACUCUGUGGAGUCAAAACAUACACCAUCAUGUGAUAGACAACAAUCCCAUGACUACAGUCAUGGAGCAGGAAUUCUAACAGGUACAAUGACAUGGAGGGGAAGCAUGGGCAUGGGAGGUUGAAGGUUAGUGCAGAGCAGGGCCGCAGAAUAGAAAAUAGAAGUGGCUUCAGAAAUGGGGUUGGGGAGGUGAGCUUAGUUUAUAUAAUAGAACAGGUGAUUGAUGAACAGAGCAAGCAGGAGUAUAGCCCCUGAUGAUGAUGAAGAUGAAGAUGAAGAUGAUAAUGAUAAUGAUAGUUAACUUUAUACAGAAACAAACCCUCCACAUUAAAAAGUGUGAAACCAACACAAGGUUAAAAAUAAAACAGCAAGCUACAGCUUCUUUUCCACUACCCUAAGAGAGAUGUGCAAGCCUUUAGGUGGAACUUGAUGUACUGAUAUAGAAAGGCUUGCUUUAAAAGAAUGGGAAAGGCAACCCUGUGGCAAGUAUCUCCUCUUGCUGUAAAGUGUAGCUGUGGAAACACAUGAUGUAAUGUCAACACAUUGUGUUUCACCCCCUCAAUGGCCAUUGGCUACUUCUGGAAGUGGGGGAAUACACAGUUGCAUGUUCCCACACCUAUAUGCUACAGGGGAUUGGUUGCUGAUCCAGUUUGCAUCCUAACAAGCAGCUCUAGAGAAUUCAAGCGUUGCCCUAACAACCAGAGGCGUAGCAAGGUCAGGUGGUACCAACUGUGACAUUUUUUUCUCACGUCCCCUUUUUUUAGGGUACACCCUUUUUUUUAGGGAGGGUUGGCCACAGAAAAGAUACGCCUGCAGGUCGCGCAAAUCUGACCGACAAUCACAUAAAACUGUGCCAGAGGGUGCCAGCGCCAACCGCCAAUCGUGAAAAUCCGACCGACUGCCAAUCGCAUAAAACCACCCGCCGGGGAUGUGAGCGCUACUUGCUGGGGGGGGGGUGAACGCCGCCUGCCAGGGUGUACCAAGCUGAUCACCAGGCAUAUUUGCGCAAUCAGAGGGUAGGUUUUUACAAUGAAGAUCGCGCCAAUCACGAAAAUGUGCCCGCUGGGUGUGCAAGGACCGCCACGCCGAUCCGCCUGGGUGGAUUUUGUCACACACACACAGGCAUGACACCCGGGGUGGACCUGCACACAACAACCCUGUUGGGUAGGUUAACGGAGGCUUAAGUUCAUUUCCUUUACUAUAUUUCAAGGUGAACGACAUGGACAUUUUGCAGGUACACUCAGAAACAUAAUUAUAAAAACGCACAACUUUCUCCCUCACCCUAAACAGGUAGCAUUACAACAAGCAAUAGUUAAGGAUGAGAUGAAUAGUGAAUUGCAGCAUGUUUCCGUCUCAUAGGCACUCCAAUGUUGGUCCAUUCUGUCUUGUGCCAUUCUACUAUAUCCAUUUCCUGCAGACUUUGCAUGUAAAAUAUGCACAUUUCAACACUUUUAAAUGCAUUUUUGUGUAUCUUUUACAUAUGACACGUAUUUUUGUCCUCAGUUUCUGUGCACUGCAAAAUCCAGAGAAGUGCGUAAUCAGACUGGGAGCAGCAUUCCAAUUCCACAAGUGAAUUUGUGAAUAUUGGACUGGGCAGAUAGAUCUCUCCUCUCCCCCCACCCCAAUCCCCUAGCAAUCGUUCAGUCUAGCUCUAAAUGCAGUCUACUCUGUGCUUCUUGCACCUCACCGGCUCCCUCCUAGACCUUGAGGGGAAAGUGUCUACAGUAGAAGAGAGCUCAUAUGGAAAAUGACCAAAAUCAUUCGUGUGUAUAGCUGUUGGAAAUGUACAAGCAAGUUUGGAAUAAUGGUGAGCCUGGAAAGGGUUCGAUAAAAAAAGAUUUUGCUAGAUAUCUUCACAUAAAAUUAUUCCCUGAGAUAGGAAUAAAGAAAGAUAUAUAUACAACCCAUAAAGACAUCUGUAUUAGUUCUCAGUACCUACACAUCUACAAACCUUGUCUGUUUGUCUGCCUUCGCCUCCCCAGCUACUUUAUCUCACUCAACUAUGGACUCAGCUACAUUGGCAAAGAAAAAGUACUUUAUAUGUGUUGUUUAUGCAUUCUAACACUGUGACACCAGAUGGCAUUGUUGAGUUCCGGUUUUGCCAACCCGAUUUCUCAUACAAAGUUUGUAAUUCGUUUAACUGAACAGCCUCUUUGAUGUGUCUAGGUGCAGCCUAUCUGAAAGUUUAGAGGGAAGAUAAGGUGUUUGGGGAACCUACAGUCUUUCCAUUAGGAAAAAGCCUUCCACAAAGUUCCUUCCUCCUAAGAACUGCAUAAGGAAGAAAACACCUCUUUUCUGCUUCAGUUCAGGUCUAAAGGCAAGCCCACUGAAUUUACACUUUCUGAAACAAUGCGAGAACAGAAACCAAUUCAUACCUCUGUAUUUUCAGUGCAGUUCUUCAGCCCAGUAAUAGGUACAGAAAUGCAUACACUGGUAAAGUGAGUAUAAAAAUGCACAUAUUAGUGAAACUAAUAUUAAAAAAUGCAUUAUAUUAUGGGAAAUUCCUGAGCAAAAAUGUCUACAUUGGGCACAAGCACAUACCAAUAUGUGUAUAUUUUAAAAAAUUCACGGAAAAUACUAGUGGAUUUUCUCGAGGCAGUAGGCAUCCCUGAUACAUCUCCACUGGUGAACAGAUGAGAUUCUGGAAAUCAAGGGGAUCUGGUCAAUAUUAGUCAUGAGACAUAGGCAGUGCUUCUAGAAAAAAUGUUGCCGGUACUCACCAUGAAGUUGUUACAGUAAGUGCCACACCUUUAACCAGUGCUUUUCUUCUAGAAAAAAAAGAUGCCGGUUCUGCAUACACUUGAGUACCCCCAGGGCACUGGCCAUAGGUAGCCAAGGCAGAGCCAAAUGUGUAGGAUGAGGGACUAACAUCCUCAGGGAGCUCCCAGGGAACUUGGUCAUCAAGACAAAAUGCAGGGCUGUCACAUCAUUCACUGGUCAGAGUCAAAUUCAAAUCCAAAGGGAAUUGGAUGCAAAAAAAGGCAACUGAUAAGCUGGCUGGAGGUGGAUAUAAGAAAACAUUGAGAGACAAAGGCCUGAGCUAGUAUGCCCAAGCAACAAUCUAUCCCAGGGGUCAACAAACUUUUUUAGCAGGGGGCCAGGUCCACUGUCCCUCAGACCUUGUGGGGGGCCGGACUAUAUUGGGGGGGGAAAUGAAUGAAUUCCUAUGCCCCACAAAUAACUCAGAGAUGCAUUUUAAAUAAAAGGACACAUUCUAUUUAUGUAAAAACACACUGAUUCCCGAACCGUCCGUGGGCCAGAUUUAGAAGGAGAUUGGGCCAGAUCUGGCCCCUGGGCCUUAGUUUGCCUACCCGUGAUCUGCCCCAUAUUCAGAGAUAUUUAUGGAGUGGCCAUUUCGGGAGGCUAUCUGGGAUAUUUGAGCUGGAGGUGGAUAGCCUCAAGUGGUUCACCACAAGGGACACAGUCAUGCUGAUGGGUCUGGGGAUGCUGCUUCAAGGCACAGCAGAUCCUAGCAGUCAUAGGAUACUGGCAGUGGUGGGUUUCUACUACAUAGGGGUAUUUCCAUCAAUUAAGUUUUUGAGAGGUUAUUGCUUCAGAAUAUGCAGGUAGCCGCACCAUUUCAUAUUUAGAAAGAAGCUGGCAUGUCCUGAGCUAGCAACACACACGCAAUAAACCAGCCCCAUGCUUAUUUGCACUUUAACAGUUGUGACAGAAAGAACCGGAGUAAGUCUUUGCGGCUAUUAACUCUGAAGGCUGCUUUAAUUUAGAGGCUGCGUUUAUUACCCCCAAAGCCCUUAACCAAAUGAAUUCUUCCCAUUAUGACAAUAUAGCAAUAAGCCAUUUCUGAGCCUGCCAUUCCUCUCGAGCUCUUUUCUCUGUCCUUGUUCCAUUUAAAAUAAAAAUGAGAACAAAUCUUCAGCAGCACUUAAAACAUUUUUCAGCGAAAUGACAGGAUCAUUAGAAAAGUGUCGGGAAUCAACACCUUUCGGAGCCUUCCUUUGGUUAACGGUGCCUCGAAAAGUCAAAAAGCAAAAAGAGUGUCUGGCUUAGGAGCUGACCCAUUUGUUUUGCCAGUAAUUCAUUUCAUAGUAAACUAGCCCUAUUCACUAGUCCAUGAACAUCACAUACAUUUACACUCCCAUUUUGUGCUGCAGUACAUCAAUCUGACACCUCCUCUCAGGGGGAAAAGGUCUAUGUGCUCUCCAAAUGGCUUUUCAAAUGAAAAAUAUGUGCAAUAGCCUUUCAUCUUAGGACACUUGGGUUCAAAGCCUUGAUUAGGUCACCAGCGAAAAUGCGUUUCAGGGGUCUCAUCCUACCACACCUUCAUGAGGAAAAGGAACAACUCAGCGGGGACACUGCUGGAACAAAAGAAAGGGGGGAAGCAUGGUAAGGAUGCUUGAGUAAAGAUGUGCCAUAGCCCCUUGAGAAAUUCCAGGCUAUGACUCUCUCUUGUAAGGAGAGGCAACCAGUGGUCCAAAGGGAUAAUCUGAAAUUCUCAGAAAUCCUGAUGUGAAAUUUCACAGAAGACAUUUCCCCCCUGAGAAAAUUUCUGAGGUUUCUCCUCACACCUUUAGUAAAAAGAAGCAAUUUUGCAGGUUUUUAACCAAAUAUUCGGAACCAUCAUUUGUGGCACCACCAAGAGAGAGAGAGAGAGAGAGAGAGAGAGAGAGAGAGAGAGAGAGACUCAGAAUCAUGCUAGGCCUAGGGCACUGUGGAAUCAAAAUUUUGGCCAGGCUUGAAUGGCACCCAGUUCCGCUACUUGUAAUAGCAACAGCCUCUCCCCACGAAACCUUAGGGGGGGGGGAAAUAAGUUGUGCUACAGCAGCCACAACUCAGGGUGAGCCCCACACCUGAGAAACUGUUGGAGAGUUUUGUGGGAUUAUUUGCAUAGCGUUCUUUUUGCAUAGGCCCUGACCCCAGGACCUAAAGAAUUAGCAUCUGUGUUGCAUAAAAAAAGAACUAAUUUAGAGCUUUGCUUGCAGCUUGCCAACUGCCCUUUGUCUGUGCUUCAGAGCUAAAGCAGAUGAAUAGGUCAGCUACUGUGAUUGCAGACCCUCCAAGUGUCCCUCUUUCCCAGGGACAGUUGCAGAUUUACAGAAGGGACCCCAGUUUCUGAUCUGAUCCCAGAAUGCCCUGCUUUUCCUUAGGAUGUCCCUAUUUCCAUCAGAGAAAUGUUGGCGGUUAUGGUAGGACGUCCCUAUUUUUGUUGGAGAAAUGUUGGAGUUACAUGAUCCCCGAGCCAAGGAGAUAAGUAAAGAUUAUGAAGAAGAAGAGUUUGGAUUUAAUAUCCUGCUUUAUCACUACCCCAAGGAGUCUCAAAGCGGCUAACAUUCUCCUUUCCCUUCCUCCCCCACAACAAACACUCUGUGAGGUGAGUGAGGCUGAAAGACUUCUGAGAGAAGUGUGACUGGCCCAAGGUCACCCAGCAGCUGCAUGUGGAGGAGCGGAGACGCGAACCCGGUUCCCCAGAUUACGAGACUCUUAACCACUACACCAACCUUUAGAAGACAUCUGAAGGCAGCCCUGUGUAGAGAAGUUUUUAAAAAAAUGUUUAAUGUUUGAUUAUGUUUCUAUAGAUGUUGGAAGUUGCCUAAAGUGGCUGGGGCAACUCUGUCAGGUGGGUGGGAUAUAAAUAUAAAAACAACAACAAUGAUGACAACGAUGAUGGAAUAGGCCGUCCCUAUUUUCAUCGGAGAAAUGUUGGAGGGUAUGUGAUUUAUCUGCAUCUAGUUUAUAUUAUUUCAGACAACAGGCAAUAAUGGGUUGAAUCUUUGAAAUCCUCCCCUUGAAGAAAAAACUGCCUACACACACAAUACUAGCAUUUCAGGACAAAUGCUACCUUAGAACUUUCUAGACUGAACCAAUGCUCCAUCAAAUCCAGUACCCUGUUUCCAAUUGGGCUGAAAAUGUUUUCCCAACAAUAAGCACCAAUCCCCUAGUUAAACCUAAGAUGACCUUUUCUGUUCUCCGCCUGCAUCCUUUCCAACUUGCAGCUCCCUGCCCCUGGGAUGCCCUUGUACCUGAUAUCAAACACACUUUUUCUGUUACUACAUUCAAGAGCCUCCUUAAGACUUCACUGUAGCUGUUCCAGACUUCGGUUUCUUUUCUGUUUCCUACAACCCAGUUUUGCACUCAAUCCCACCACAUGGUCAGAAUAAGGGCCAGUCUUACAAUUAGGCAGAGUGAGGCAGUUGCCUCGGGCAGCUGAUUCUGAAUGUCACAAAAAGGCGGCACAUUGUUGUUUAUUAUUAUUCUGUCUUUACUUCCAGGAAAAGGUGCUUGGUUUUUUUCUACCUCAGUACUGAAAUAACUUGGCCAGCCUUGGGGACUAUGCACCUUGAUUGGGGGAGCAAGCUGUGCCUAGCCAUUAUUAUAAUUAUAAUUAUUUCUAAUUACCCACCCUGCAGUCUAAGGUUCCAGGUUUGGUUGCAACAAUUAAAAAACAGCAUUAAAUGCAAUUCAACGCAACAUUAAAAUUAGCAAAAUUAGAUGUGUCCUUAAAAUAUACAUCUCAAGUGUCAAAAAAGUGCCUUCUCUAGCUUCUGAGGACAGAGGACUAACGUCCCCUAUAUAUCUAAAACGUCCCAUAUAUAUAUAUAUAUAUAUAUAUAUAUAUAUACAAUUUAGAAUAUUCAUUUAAACAACCUUAAAAUAUCAAUGACUCCCCUUCCUCUCUUUCCAUGGUUCAUUUUGCAUAGCAUAAAUCCCUGCAUAUUUUAUAUAAACUAAACCAUUCAGUAUUCCAUUAUUACUUCCAUCAAAACUUACACUGUUGAAUUUAUCUUAAUGCUACCAAAGUUUUCAAGUGUACGCAAUUUCCCCCCAUAUAUUCAAUAAACAUUUCCCAAUCUUCUUUAAACGAAUGUUCUUCUUGUAUUCUGUAAGUUAGAUCUACAAGCUGCGCAUAUUCCAUCAGUUUAAGUUGCCAUUCUUCUUUGGUUGGCACCUCACUCUUUUUCCAUUUUGGGGCUAACAAAACAUGGGUCACUGUAGUGGCAUACAUAAAUAGUCUUUUUUUGACACCUGGGAAUUUCCACCUGAAUUAUCCCCAACAAAAAAGACUGGUUUUUUCCCCUUUUUUCCUUUUUGGAAAGGUGCUUUAAAACAUUUUUUUCAGUUCAUUAUAAAUUAUUUCCCAGUAUUCUUUUAUACUACUACUAAUAAUAAUAAUUUAUUAUUUGUACCCCGCCCAUCUGGCUGGGUUUCCCCAGCCACUCUGGGCGGCUUCCAUAGAAACCAAAAAUACAGUAAAAUAUCAGAUUAAAAACUUCCCUGAACAGGGCUGCCUUAAGAUGUCUUCUAAAUGUCAGGUAGUUAUUUAUUGCUUUGAUAUCUGAUGGGAGGGCGUUCCACAGGGCGGGCACCACUACCGAGAAGGCCCUCUGCCUGGUUCCCUGUAGCUUUGCUUCUCGCAAUGAGGGAACCGCCAGAAGGCCCUCGGCGCUGGACCUCAGCGUCCGGGCAGAACUAUGGGGGUGGAGACGCUCCUUCAGGUAUACUGGGCCGAGGCCAUUUAGGGCUUUAAAGGUCAACACCAGCACUUUGAAUUGUGCUCGGAAACGUACUGGGAGCCAAUGUAGGUCUUUCAAGACCGGUGUUAUGUGGUCUCGGCGGCCGCCCCCAGUCACCAGUCUAGCUGCCGCAUUCUGGAUUAGUUGUAGUUUCCGAGUCACCUUCAAAGGUAGCCCCACGUAGAGCGCAUUGCAGUAGUCCAAGCGGGAGAUAACUAGAGCAUGCACCACUCUGGCGAGACAGUCCGUGGGCAGGUAGAGUCUCAGCCUGCGUACCAGGUGGAGUUGGUAGACAGCUGCCCUGGAUACAGAAUUGACCUGCGCCUCCAUGGACAGCUGUGAGUCCAAAAUGACUCCCAGGCUGCGCACCUGGUCCUUCAGGGGCACAAUUACCCUAUUCAGGACCAGGGAGUCCUCCACACCAGCCCGCCCCCCUGUCCCCCAAAAACAAUACUUCUGUCUUGUCAGGAUUCAACUUCAAUCCAUUAGCCGCCAUCCAUCCUCCAACCGCCUCCAGGCACUCACACAGGACCUUCACCGCCUUCACUGGUUCUGAUUUGAAAGAGAGGUAGAGCUGGGUAUCAUCUGCAUAUUGAUGGACACCCAGUCCAAAUCCCCUGAUGAUCUCUCCCAGCGGCUUCAUAUAGAUGCUAAAAAGCAUGGGGGAGAGGACGGAACCCUGAGGCACCCCACAAGUGAGGGCCCAGGGGUCUGAACACUCAUCCCCCACCACCACUUUCUGAACACGGCCCAGGAGGAAGGAGCGAAACCACUGUAUAACAGUGCCCCCAGCUCCCAGCCCCUCUAGACGGUCCAGAAGGAUGUUAUGGUCGAUUGUAUCAAAGGCCGCUGAGAGAUCCAGCAGAACUCUUUUACUCUUUUACAGGUCCACCACAUAUGAAAGAAUGUACCCGCGACCUCAUUGCAUCUCCAGCACUUAUCUGAUUCAGUCUUAUACAUCUUAGCAAUCUCCACCAAUCUUAGCACCAUCAGACAACAAAAUGCCUUGGGCUGGCCCUGAUUAGAAUCACGUGAGAGAGCAGGGGGCACAAUGGUUUGCCCCACCCUCUCUGUCACAACCUCUGUCAGGAUGCUUCCUACUGAGGGUGUUUGCCCUCCAAUGUGCAGAGGGCAUCAGAGCUGAGUUCAAGGAUGCAAUGGAGGGGAUGGGCCCAGCCAGCACAUUGCCACUCUUCCUAGUGCAAUUUGAAUUGCAAUGGGUAAUCAAUGCCUGAACAGGGCUCCUGGUACCUUGUAGCCUCAUAUCUGCCUCAUAUACUCAUGCUAUAAUGGCAUCUGCACAGUAAUGCACUUGUGUGAAAGUUGGACUGUGGGAGGGUCUGUGUGAAAUUGCCCUCAAAAAACACACUAUUUGGAUCAGCUGCAAGCAUAAAGACCUCUUGCCGAAAUGUCACUUACUUGAUAUUGCCCAAGACAUGAAUAGCUGUUUCACACAUUCGCUGAUAUCUAAUUAAUUUGAUACAGCAAUGGCACUUAAUUGAUAAGUAGAAUACUCAUCGCCAGUCUGCUGAGCUACCACUAGCAAAUGCAUUGAUUUGAAUGUGUAAUGUGCAAUUAAUUACACAAAGAGCUAGAUGCACCUCUUAAGAUAAUUAGACUUCAAUAGAUGCUUUAUUUACAGGCCAUGGGUACUUAACAUGCAACAACUGCUUUAUUAAAUAUAAAUGGUCCUCUUUGUUCAAGAUCCUCACUGAGAUCCUUAGUUGUGCUGCAGUUUAUAUAUUUUUAUUUAUUUAUUUAUUUAUUUAAUUUGAAUACUGCCCUUCAUCCGAAGAUCACAGGGCAGUUCACAGCACAUAUCAGAAGAACUCCCCCUUUUUGGUGAACCUUUCAAGGCUGGGGGAAUACCAUGUGACCUGCAACAACAAGAACUCCAAUGCAGGACCCACAAAAGCUUUUGCUAAUACAGUGGUACCUCGGGUUAAGAACUUAAUUCGUUCCAGAGGUCUGUUCUUAACCUGAAACUGUUCUUAACCUGAGGUACCACUUUAGCUAAUGGGGCCUCCUGCUGCCACCGCACGAUUUCUGUUCUCAUCCUGAAGUAAAGUUCUUAACCCGAGGUACUACUUCCAGGUUAGCAGAGUCUGUAACCUGAAGCGUUUGUAACCCGAAACGUUUGUAACCCGAGGUACCACUGUAUAGCCUUGUAUCACCUUUGUUCCUUUUAUCCUGCUCUGCUCAAGGAAUCAAACCAUUUCUCCUAACUGCAACUGUAGCAGGUCAAAUUCAUCCCUUGUCACCAUUCCCUCUUUCCCAAUUCUUUCUCAUCUCGGGAGGAGGGACCAGUGCCAGAUUUAUGUAUAGGCUUAGUAGGCUGAUGCCUAGGGCCUCUAAAUCUAGGGGGCCUCACCAGCCUGCCCGCUCCCCAGUGCCGAAGACUCCCCUCUCCCAAAAUUGCAAACCCAAGACUUCAUGCGAGGGCAGGGAAACUCAGGCUUCUAAAUCUAAAGGGCCUCGGCAGCCUCCCACUCCCCAGUGCCACAGUCUCUCCUCUCCCAAAAUUGCAAACCCAAGACUUCAUGCAAGGGCAGGGCAACUCACGCCCAGCAACUAUGAGACUCAAGGAUAGCCAGUGGGGCCCAAUUUGAAGCAGUGGGGUGCAACUUGAAUCUUUUUUUUUUUGUAGGGCCACAGUUCACAACCAAAGUCUGCAAAAUCUGUAUCCCUUCUGGCAUCCUGGCUAACUCUAUUACGCUGGUGUAAACCCUGGUGCACCAGAAGCCCAGAAUAGCAGCAAAUAAAAUCUGCUCAUAUGUUAGUGACUGAUAAGAUUUGUCAACCAGUUCUUCCAAAGUCUUCCUAAAUUAUAAAGCUCCAAAAUACAGGCCAAAAGAGAACAGGUCUGGGGAGAGAAAGGCAUACAAUGGGCACCACCAGUGAAAAGGCCCUGCUCCAUGUAGCUCCUGCCCUGUCAUUUGAGAGGGUGCCCAUUUGCCCUCCUUCUUGACAUGGAAUGUUAUCUAUUGGAGUCUCCAGGUCCAGUACAAAGACCAUAAGAAAGGAGAGCAGGAAUCUUGAAGUUCCCAACAGCUGUUAAUCAAGCAAGCAAUCACACAGGUCACCUUUGUCACAGUCAGGAUGCCUAUGUCCUGGUCAGGCCUGUGCCCAAUCUUGUUUUUGUACAAUCUUGUUUGUUCUCAGUAACCAAACUUAUAUUAUCAACACAUACAAGCAAAAAAGUUGUUUUCCUUCAUUUGCAAGGAAUCGUACAAAACAAAGUGGCACCAAUAAAGAAAAGUUCCAGGGUGGCAACAGAAGGCAAACUAAAAAUGCUUUUGCAGUUCAUCAGAACUAUCCAGCAAUAUUAAGUUAUAGGAAAACUGGUGUGAUUAACAGUAAUCCUUCUAGUUGGUUAAUUGGUUCGGCAACUUCCAUGCACAUGACGUGUGAUGCUAAUUAUUUCCCCAAAGAGUUAAAUGAUAACUAAUCAGAGGCAGCUACAGUUGCAAAUGGCAACAAAAUAUAUGUGAAAGAAAGAGGAGCAGGUUUGCUCAAGUGUGUUGCAGGUAGAAAUACUGUUUGUAAUGAAGUGAGAGCAGUAGUUUACUUGUUCGAAUUAACAAAUAAGAAAGUUUUGAGAAGUUAAAUUCUAGAUUAAAAUCGAUUACUUAAUUGAGAUGGGGAUUGUAACAAAAAUACUGGGGCCUAAUUUGAAUAGUAGAGUGCCUGGUAUCUGGUGGGCAAUCUCAUCCUUUAUUUCCACACUGUGGCUGCAGACCAAAUGACCUGUCAGGAGAGUUAUGAGUUUCAGGUGAGGAUCAGAUGCCUUGUCAAUCCCAGCAGGUAUAUAAGAGGACAACCGCGUUUGCCCUGGCCAGGCGAAGCAGUGGCAGGGAAACAGACACUACUCAGGUUACAUCAAGAUUGGCCUGUGGUGUGCAGCCAUAAAAUCCCUGGUUCAACUGGUCUUGUAGGCCCAAAUCUCCAGCAGCUCACGUUUGUGGGGUGGAGUUCUCCCCCCACUGAAAAAUGCAUUUUCCUGGAUGUGAUUGAACACAGUAAAUGACAAAGUCAAAAUCUUUCUGUUUCCCCUCUUAUAUUUCACAUGCAAGAAACAGUCAGCUCGACGCAUUACACAUUACAUAUUGUAAAGCAGUAAUCAUUCUAAUAGGUGGCUGCUGAGGUUGAUUACUAGCCGAGAAUAAAUGGACUAGGAAAAAGCUAAAAGCAAGGCAGGAUACUCAGAAUAUAUCAGAUUUAAUCAGGCAAAUGUAUCCCUCCAGGCUACUUUUGCCUGACCUAAGCUUUCCGUUGGGAAACGGGAGUUCAAAAUACUAUUUCUGCAAUGUAAUUUCAGGUGCAAUGAAGUCACAUUAGGAAAGAAGCAUGGAAGCUAUUUCUCAUUCUGGGAUUUGCAUGGCCAGUAAAGUUAACACCUUGCAACCUGACUGCCUUGAAUAUGAUUUCCAAACCUCCAAUGGCUUUUAGUUCCGUAGCUGCUGAAUGGACCCUCCCCCCCAAGCCGAGUCAAAUUGAGCUGCAACUCUGAACAGGCAUGGGCAUGAGCAGGUUGAAAAAUUGUAUCCCCCCCCCAUGUUCGUUCAAAACUGCAGUGAUUCUGUUAGGGUAACUCCAUGUGUUCCCAGCUGAAUACAGCACAGUAUGAACCAAGGUGGGCUGCAAUCAUCUCUGGGGAAGACAGUUAUGCAGGACUAUUAGACUGGUUAUUCUAAUGGCUCUUUAUAGUUUGGUAGUUUCACUUGUGGCAGCCCCAAUUUUGUGGUCCCAUCCCCAGGUAAAUUAUUGGCUCUGUGGUGCUUUGAGUGGGGUAAUAUUUCUGAAUUGCCAUUUUAAAAAAGGGUGAGUGUGAGCACACACACUGCAACUACAGUGGUUAACCUUCAAGUAUCCAAUUCAUUUCUUGCCUUUCUUGGAAUCUUGUUAAAUCUGGUGGGGAGGGGAAGACCCCAGCAUAUCUCUCUUCUAGUUGCAUAUGCAGGUCACAUAACGCAUGCUUGAGCACUAAAGCACUGCAUAGUGCACAACCCACCAUUUGAUGGGACAUUAUGAGGUCAGUUAUUUCAGAAUGAAUAAAUAUGCAUUCUGCAGCAGGCACACAUAAUGUGUGGGGUGUCAUCCUUACUAGGAAUGUAAGGAGGCAGCAAUUUCCAUCUCUUCCUGUUUUUGUCACAUUCAGCGCUGUUUCUCUACUACUACAGUUCAGCUUCUGCUACAAUGUAUACAGUCAUACCUUGGGAUGAAUACGCUUCAAGUUAAGCAUUUUCGGGUUGUGCUCUGCAGCGACCUGGAAGUAAUGGAGCGCAACCCAGAAGUAAUGCAUGCGCAGACACUCAAAAUGACGUCACGCGCAUGCGCGGAAGCGGCGAAACAUGACCCACACACACGCAGUCGCGUGUUGCAUUCACUUCAGGAAGUGAACGCGGCUCCGGAACGGAUCCCAUUUGCAUCCAGAGGUUCCACUUUACUAUGUGUCUUGCUACCAGCUUACAUAAUUAGUUUCAGUGCAUUUCAACAGAAGAGAAACGUCAACAACAAUGUAAAAAACAAUGAGAUUAUUUACAUAAUGUUUGCAGAUUGAAAAUAAUAAUAAUAAUAAUAAUAAUAAUAAUAAUAAUAAUACCAUGCAUAUUGGCUUGUGUGAUUUUUGUCCUGCACCUCAGACGAACAUGCAAAUUGAAGCAAUUUCUGCUCCAAUUUCCAUUUCCAGUAGAAUUCCAUGGCAUGCCAAAUGCUACCUAUGGAAAUAGGGCUGUAACAUCUCCAACAGACAAGUGUCCCUAAUGGAGUGGAGCUGAAAUUUCAAAGAAGUUUUUUUUUCUUAGAAAAAAAAUCUGAUUUCCCCCAUUUUUUUUUCACCUCCUCACCCCUUAGAAAAAGGCCAGUUUGCAUAUUUUCCCCCUCUAUGAAUAUUUGCCACUAUAGAAGGGUGGGGGGGAGAAGAAGGGAGGGAGCCAACAUUUUGUCCCGAGAGUGCCCUGGAAUGACACAUGUUGCCAUAGUAGCUAAAGGUCAGAGAUGUCAUUUGGAAGGAGUAACAUCAGCAUACCGUACACUAUGUCGUUACAUUAUGAAUAACAAUUCCCUUUUAUGCAGAGCCAAACACCACUCAUUAAUUUGCCAUGAAAACUGAUGGAACACCCAGGGUGAGCUUUGGAGUGCUGGAACACCCUAGAUUCAUGCAUAACUGUGAAUUUGGAGAUCUGUGUUUAUAUUGACAUUCAUCAGUGCUUGCUAAUUCUCCCAAGCAAGCAAGACUACACCAGCAUUUCUAAAUUGGUAGCUACAUAGUUCAAUAAGCACUGGGACAUGCAACUGUCUCUAGAUUAGAGACUCCCCAAUGCCAUGCUUUCCUUGAAUACAUGUGUAACAUGCAAGUUUGCACAUGAGUAAAAUAGAAACACAAGCAUAUCCAUUACCAGCAGUAUCAAGCUCUUAUCAGUAUGCGUUAUUGCAUUUUUGAAUUUCAUUGUCUCUUUUAGUUUACACUAAAAUAAAUAAAUAUAUUUAUUUACGCUUUGGGUUGAGCGCGUUCGAGUUGCGCUCCGCGGCAACCUGGAAGUAACGGAGUGCGUUACUUCUGCGUUUCGUCGCUUGCGCAUGCACAGAUGCUCAAAAUGAUGUCACAUGCAUGCGCAGAACCGACGAAAAGCGAUGCACGCGUGCGCAGACGUGACAUCGCUAGUUACGUUUGCUUCUGGAUGUGAACGGGGCUCCGGAACGGAUCCCGUUCAUAUCCAGAGGUACCACUGUACACUAAAACAAAUAUGUUUAUUUAUUUACAUUAUAUAAACAAUGUCAAUAAAUAAAAAACAUGUCCAGGACACUGAUUGGGAAAAGCAGCACCUUUGUAUUUGCACCAAAAUCCCAGACAUUUACAGCCUCCACAGUCUUCAUUUCCUCUAAGGAAGUCUUAGCCAAACUGGUUCCAAACAGAAAUAAACAACUAUCUUCUUUUAUAAGACAUCUGAAGGCAGCCCUGCAUAAGGAAGUUUUUAAUGUUUGAUAUGUUAUUGUGUUUUUAAUAUUCUGUUGAGAGCCACCCAGAGUGGCUGGGGCAACAUAUAAAUAAUAAUUGGGCAGCAUAUAAAUAAUAAAUUAAAAUAAAAUAAUCCAGUUAUUUUGGACUACAACCCCCAUCAGCCCUAGCCAGAAUAGCUAGGGUUGAUGGGAGCUGUAGUUCAAAACAUCUGGAGGGCGCAUGGUUGAAGACAGCCACUGCUGUCUUCUGCAUAACCCUUGUAAACCAAAUAAAAGAUAAGGCAGAGCAAAAUGAGUCCUUAUUUUAGCACACUGGAGAGUAAUGUGAAAAAAUGCAAUAAGCUAAAAGUCAAUGCCAUUGAAAUUUGAUGGCAUUAUAUCUAGUGGUAUGUAGGGUUUUCUGCUUCAAUUUUCCUGCCCCAGAUCUGUUUUGAGUUUGCAGUUGGGUUUAUUAAUGCGAACACAUUGUUCAUGCAGCCGUGCAUUCAGCGACUUGGCAUAAAUAAUUUAUCUGCAAGCUGACUUGGCUGGCGAUGCUUACAUAAUUGAAAGCCAAUCCCACACAGUUUAUUGUGGAAGGUUUAUUGGGAGGGAACAGGCACAGCUUCUGGGAUGCUGGCUCAAGAGACCAGGUUUUGAGAGCCUGCUUUUCCAGCAUGGAAGCAAACAGCCUUUUUCAUCCUCCCACUGCUGCAGAAGGAGAAGCAUCUUGGAAGUGAGGGGCAGAAGAGCCAAACUGAAAUUUUGCUUACGUUCCCCGUCUGUUGAAUUCCUCAAACUGAAGGGUAUCAGGAAUUUUGAUACCCUGAUUUCAACAUGCCCAAAUUCCAAAUCUGUAUGGAAACUUCCUUCCCCUGCUCUCAAGUCCUAGAGAUAGUUAAAAAUCAUCAAUGGAGCAUGAGACCCUUAAUAGCAGAAUUGUGGGUUCAAGCCCCAUGUUGGGCAAAAUAUUCCUAGGUUGCAGGGGUUCAACUAGACGACUCUCGUGGUCCCUUCCAACUCUACCAUUCUAUGAUUCUAUGAAAAAGAAACAUGUAAAAAUGCUCAUUAUUUCAGGUUAUGCAUACAGAAACUCGCGCACCCCAAGACCACCGACUUAUAUUUCCAUGCAACCCUAUUGCAACUGUACUAUCCGUUUUCUGCUCAGAUUAAGGGCUUGACCCCCUAAGCAGGCACUUUAUUGCUAUUGCUCAGCAGUUGUAGCUCACAGUUAUUUAUUCUUAUCCUUUUGGGGAGCCUAAAGCUCUGGAAGAUUUACUCCUUUCACUGGACAAGCACCAGGUCCUCUACAGAAACAAUUUUCUAUAGAUGAGGUGGGAAAACUUUCUGGGCAAACUUCCCAGUGAUGAAUGGGGCCAAAGGCAAAAGCAGACAGAGCAAUGAAUGUGUUGUAUGCUAUAUAGAAUGUGCUUUGCAUGGUAGGCUAAUCUCUACAGACAUUCACACACUCCCCUCUGUGCUCCACCCAGGCAGCCAAGAGUAAUUGUCACAGUUCAAGGACACGAGCAGAAACACUCAAGGAGGUUGUGAAGCAAUGCUAGUGAUGGGGGUUGCCUGGGGAGACCCCCAAGAACCAAAGAGACAGGCCCAGGGGCCAUGGCUUUUGGGCCCUGGGGCUUGAGGUUCUCCACCCCUGCUGUAUCGCAAGAAGCAUGGUAUACAAAUGUAACAAACCAUCCAGAGACCGAAUCCCCACACAAUUAUUUCACUCCACCUCCUAAAUCCAAUUUGGGUGUUUCUGAUCGGACGCUCCCUCUUUGCUCCUGGUUCGAGUGUACCACAUUCCCUGCUUUCCUCCAUCUUUCUCACAGUGGGCUGAGUUCCACCAAUUGCCAAUUGGCAACAGCUCACCUGGAUGAGGUCAUUGAGACUGGUAUGUUGGAUGGAAGACAAUAACCACUAUCCAUGCCUUUGAGUUGGGCUCAGUAUCCAUGGAAGUGUAAAAGCCAAAACAACAACAAAAAGAACCUAAGGAGCUGAAAAGGUCUCUGGAAAGUCUGGGGGUAUGGAUGGAAGACUUCAUUGGUAUGUGGUCUCCAAUGAAGUCUUCCAUCCAUGGUCCAGGCUUUCCAGAGAUGUUUUCAGCUCCUUGGUAUGUGGUCUCCAUUUACUUACUGGUUAUUGACUGAUAACAGAAUACUCAUGCCUGGGCGGUUCCCUUUGGGCUGAAAAAGCAAUUCAGUCCUCCCAGCCAAUCAGAAACAGGACCUGGAGACUGAGAACCAAUCAAAGCCUGAUAAAUAUCCAAUGAGUUAAGGAAAUGGGAAGAAUCUAUCAUUAUCUGCAUAGCACAAAAUACUGAUUUGUUUACUUUUAAUAUUUAGCUAUCUCCCCACAAGCUGAAGGCAGCUUAUAAUUUAUUUAUUUUUCUAAAAUAAAACCUGUCACGAUUAGAGUGAGUGGAAAUCUUUUUUUAAAAAAAAAUCUAACCACAAGAAACAAUGAACACAUAAAGAUCCCAGAAUGCAGCUAAGAAUCUUUGAAUCCAUCCUUCGACUUGUGAUGGUAUGGCAAAACAGAGGGGCCACAUACAUCAUAGUGAUGUUAUGCCGCCUCUGGUCACUCAUUCCUGAGCCUUGGUGUUGCUGCUAAGAAGCCCAACCUCCUCUUCUGUCUGCCAUUGGCUGAAAUAUAGACUGUUGUUUGCAUAUGGUUUGCAUAUGGUUUGCAUAUGGUGGCUUUCCAGCAAGUUUCCCCCAGACAGGGGUCUUCUAGAGUGACAGCUAGUGAGGCACAAGGAGUGGUCAAAAGAAGAAGGCACUAUCUGUGUGAGCAUAAAUGUGGUGCAUGGAGGUGUUUGGAUCUUGCCUGCUUUCUUUUGAAGAUGAUAUCAUUAGCAGGGUCCCAUCCAGGGAUCUCAAUUGGCAAGGGAGUUUAGACAGGGGAGAUGUGUUCUCUGGACAAGGGGUGGGAGGAAAUCUGUGUUCUGUUCUCUCAGGUGCUGGUACCUGACACCAGAUCUCUUGAGACAUCCCUGUUCCUGGGAUCUGCCCAUGGUGGAUGGAAAGGCAAGCAGCCAUCUAAAUUCCCCCCUCGAGCCGAUGUAUCAGCAUAUUUUCCUUUCUCCCGGAAAGGGCUGUGGGAUGCUUAUUUUUGCACUGAAUUGUAAUAUUGUUUGGGUGGCUUGGAUAGAACUUCUCAGAUGUUUAUUGCUGCAAAAAUAAAUGUCCUAUUAUUUGCACAGCUGACAGUUGGCUUUGUUGUUCUUCCAAAUGGAAAGAGAAUAUGUUGCCUAGACCAAAAUACAGCUAUGUUUUAAUCUCCCUGCACGCAUGCGCUUGGUUUGAUACAAGAGGAGAAUUCACAACCAGAUGGAUCUCCAGUAUAUGCAUAAUGCAUUCCUCAAGAAAGUGCUCCCCUCUCUUGAAGAAAGCCCCUGAAACAGGAGGAGAAAUGCAAUAAUAUUUGUAGGGUAGGUGUGUUUUUUAAUUCCUGAAAGAGCACCACAUACACACAACUACUGAUAAGGAUAUAGCCACUGUUUUGGAAAGUUGUUUGUUCGCUAUGUGUUUUCAUAACAAAAUUUUGCAUGAAGAUUCCUGACAUCAAGGAACAGGUUUUCCUGUUUGUUUGGAUGCAACUGGGCACCAUUUUGAAUGAAGAUGGCAGACCAAACUUUUCUUAGAAUUCCCAAGCAACACUGGUUAUGAGACUGCAAAUCCUGAAUUAAAGCAAAGGGGUUUGGGGCAGUUAUUGUGGACCUGAAAAACAAAACAAAAAAAAGGAGGUGGUGAAAUGGGGACACAGUGGGACUGAGUGACCCUUCCCAUGUUUUGAAGUGCCCUGUUUCAGAAAAUUUCCCAGGUCAGCUUUAUUGUCAGCACUUUAAAAAGAUUUAUGGAGAUGUUUCUAUUUCACUUGGCUAUUUGACAAGAGGAGUGAGUGGUGUUUGCCUUUUCUACCAAGGAUGGGUUACUUCAGUCUUGAGGUCUGCAGGUUAUUUUGUUGGUUAUUAGAAUCCCCAUGGCCUAAUACCUUGUUUUCAAUUUACAAAGCAAGGGUGCACAUUCAGAAUCUCCUAACAGUGAGAAAGAUAUAAAUAAUCUAUCUGCCUUUAGGGACAUUAUUUAUUAAUUGUGUUGGCUUGUUUAUAUUGUUGUUAGUUGCAUGGAGGUCCCAGUGGGUGGAAAAGCAGAAUAUAUAUAUUUUCCUUUAUAAAAAGAGGUGAUAGAUUAGAUCAGUUUGUUAAAAGGCUGGCAAUCAGCUGAAACAUUUAAGUUUACAACACCUCUGUUUUGUGUAUGUGUGUGUAUACACACACACACACACACACACACACUCAUCUCUAUGAGCUUAAUGCUAAUUGGUUUGGAGACAUAAUCCACUGGGAGGUUUUCCUCUGCAAGCCCUAUUUGUUUGCCCACAAAAGGAAAAAUAUUAUUGAGUUUUAAAUACAUAUAUAUGGAUAUAGGUAUAUAAAUAUAUAUACCCCCCCACCUUUCCUUUACAGAGCACAAGGUAGUAUAGUAUACAUGGUUCUUCCCCUCCUCAAUUAUCAUUACACAAAUUCUGUGAGUUAUGCUAGGCUGAGAAAGUGGCUCAUGGUGAGCUUCAUAGCUUGAACCCUGGUCUCCCAGGGUUAUACCAUGCUGGCUUUCCACGCCGGCCUGUAUAUGAUCAUACAAGUCAGAGAGCACCUGCAUCUCUCAUCCAGUGCUGAACAUCUCUAAAGCUCAGACCCAAAAUGAAUAGUUCCAGCUUUGGCAGAGUUCCACAGGCACACUCAUAUUUCUUCUUGUGCCUGUCGUGACCUAGUUGUGCCAUGGAUCAUUUCCCUAUGGUUCGGAGAUGUGAAUUAAAGCAGGCAAGUCUACAUCAGAGCAUCAAAGGGGAGGGAGAUUUUUGGCUUGAUUGGUGGGAGGAAGUAUAAUCCCAUCGCACUCUCAAGACAUUUCACAGUUCACCUUCUUGUCAUCAAAGGUGUCAGGUUAGAUCAGAGGGAAAAAACCUAUUAGAGCAGACUGGCAGAACUUUUCCUGAUUGGCCUUUUUAGCAGAACAGUAUCUGACAAAGAGACAGGAGAUGAUGGAAUCGAGGACCCGAACACUGUUGCCCAUGAGACUCUCUUACCCAAUACAAAAGUCUUAUUGACUUUGACGCAUGAGUACAGGAGCCCCUCUUAUCAAAGCCACUGUGAAAUUGAAUCUCCACUUCAAGUAAUGAAUUUUGCCAGGUCAUCCUGGUUGUAACUCAUAUGUCACAGCUGCACUGGCUACCUAGUUUCACCAAGACCACCUAAUCAUGUUCAAAUAUCUCUCUAUAAGGCCUAAAAACACAGUCCUUAAAAAAAACAAAACCCCAACCAACACUGCCCCCAUUCUCGCAAUUCCAAAUUCUGUGUUGGAUUCUGUAGUAUGGAUGCUCUUUGGAUAUACAAAACAGGGUCCUCUCUCUAGGUUUUUGACUAGUCCAGCUCUUGAUAAUGGACAAUGAAGUCUUUAAUUGUCUUUUUUUGCUCGUAACUAGGAAGGACUGCUCUCUCCCAUAUGAACCCACAUGUCCUGUUAAACCACAGAACUCACUGGGUGACCUUGGGCCAGCCACAGUCUCUCAGCCUAACCUACCUGACAAAGUUGUUUUGAGGUUUAAAAAAGGAGAGGAACAGAACUACCUUGAGCUUUUUGGAUGGUGAUGGCUAUUCUCUGUCUCCAAAAUUGGAGGCUGCAAUGCUUCUGAAUACCAGUUGCCGGAAACCACAGGUGGAGAGAGGGCUCUUGUGUUCAAAUCCUUCUUGAGGGUUUUCCACAAGCAUCUGGUUAGCCAGUGUGAGAACAGGAUUGUAGAUGGGCCACUGGUCUGAUCCAUCAGGCUCUUAUGAUGUUCUUAGGUGGGAUACAUAGGCAAUAAACAAAUAAAUACCCAUAUAUCAAAUCAAUAACGAGGAAGCAGUGGCCCCGAUUCACUCAUAUGGUAUAAUCUUCCCUGCUGAGCUUCAGUCCAAAUGGCUAACCCUGUAACAGAUGGUGUGGAUUUUGCAGUGCACAUGCCGUACUUUUGUACCCUAUGAAACUGCUGGAAAAUCAUGAUGCCAACUGCUGCUUAUCCCCUGCACCUCUUGCUCCAUGGAAUUUUGGAAAGAGGUGACCUCCAGUUAAAAUUGAGAUAGCCUUUUAAAGACCAUGCUCAGCAGUAGAUGUGAGAUCACCUAGUAAAACUGGUAGAAACAGAAGUCAUUGAACGGUGUGGGUGAAGGAAAACAAUGCAUUUCCAUGAGAAUGACAUUUAUAUGGCACUUUUCAGCAGUGCUCCAAAGGGCUGAAGCUGGGCAAGGACUUCUUUUGCGAGGUGUCCUGUGAUGGGAGGUGUUGUAUAGUGGGAAAGAUGGGCGACAGACACAGCUCUUUUAAGCAACAGCUCUUUAUUACAGCAGUUAGCAGUGCUCUAAGUCUCUCUGAACAACAGUGAAGCUGGCUGCCUUAUAUAAUGCUCAAUAACUUGUAACAGUAACAAAUUCCAACUAACUACCCAAUCGGUGAAAGCAACUCUCAAUCCUUCAUUUGCAUACUGGUGGCCCAGAGUGAGAACUGCAGCCAGUCUGAAUACAUAACAGGAGGGAUUUGGGAACAGGAGGAGACAAAGAAACAGGACUAUCACAAAAGGUGGCAGACCCCCCUGCAUUAGAGGUUUUUGGGGUAGGCUGGUUGACCCCCCCUCUCUCAUGCCUGCCGUACUGGUGAGUUCUUUCAACAGCAGAGGCAUAGGAGCCAACUCCUAGGGGCCACGGGGCCUUCAACCUCCCCAAUAAAAUAUUUGAGGGGGCUGCCCCCUAAGUUGAUGGGCCUUGCCAUUUAAAUGGUGUGCAUGCACCUUGUCAUGUGAUCAAUUAUGUGCCAUAUUUUAUUCAAGUUGGCACCCGUGAGCAGAGGGUUCGUCUUGCUGGCCUUGGAGGUCCCUUCCAAAUGUAUGAUUCUAAAAGUAAUGUUUGUUAGAGAGAAGGACAAUGUAGGUCCUUCCCCUUCCCCAAAUCGUCAUCUCCCAGGGAGGGGCAGUGUUGGUGUUGGGAGGGCCACGCUGUAAAACCUGCCACUACAAGAUAACGUAGCAUGACAGAGGGACUUCGCUGAAAGAGUCCAACUCUUACAUGAAGCAGAGUGGCUUCUGUUCUAGCUUAUGGUCCUUUACCUUAGCCAGAACAGAAGCCACUCUGCUCCUACUGCCAAUCCCUAUAAUUAUGCAUGAAGCCUUCUCAUUGCAAAGCUUACCGGCGCAGCCUUGCAGAAGCGCCGGCAACACUUCUCCGUAAUGCGGCAGCCAGCCCCGACUUGCAGGUAGCCCUGCUGCAACAUCCUCUGAAUCGCAUUGGGAUUGCAGGCUUAGGCGGAUUCCUUUUCAUUUCCACUGUUUCAUGUCAGGCCAUUAUCUGCUCGAGUUAAAUCAAUACAACAGGUAAGACAAAUUUCCAUUGCCUCCACUCUAAUCCAAUAUUGUGGCAGAAUUAAUAUCCCUCUCUCAACCCACCAGAGAUUCGGAGCUAUUAAAUCCUAAAUUAAGGGUGUUCUGUUUUGCAUGAUACAGUGCCGAGUCUUCCAGAGGGGGUUCAGUGUCACUUCCGAACGAGCAUCUGCCUCGAGUGCUGCUUGGCUUUCCUUUGUGAUUACUCGAGGAAGCUUUCUGCCUUCUAUUAACCUUUCAUGCCUUGUUCUUUGGGUCUCUUCUGGCUAAAGCCACAUACAGAAUCUAGCAGCCAAGGAUGAAUUACUGCUGAUGGGUCUAUGGGAUUAGUGAAGACUGGGGAGGGGGUGACUCUCGCCCAUAAAUGGAUGGGCAGAAACCUUCAAGAGUCAAACGUGAAGUGCAGCCUUUCUUAGAUGAUUCAAUCCAAUGCAGAAAUGUGACAGAGUUACUUGUCCUUCCAGGAGGUCAUCUUCUGGGCCUCUUCUUCUCACCUGGGUAAGCUUCCUUUCAAACAGGAGGCACGACUUCCAUUGAUCACGCCGCUUCAUAUCAGUGGGACAGUGAGUAAUGAAGGAGGCAUGAUCAGAGCAUCAUGGAAACUCCCCAAAGUGAGUACCAAUACUUCUUCUGACCCACCAAUUUUAAAGAAUCCAGCUAUUCAGAAUACUACAAUUUUCUUUUUUUUUUAAGAAUAAUUUUUUAUUAACCGACCAAUCACAUCAAAUCAAACCAAAUUACAUAAAUUCCAAAUUACACAGCCAAAUUUUAAAUUUUUGUUGGGGGUACCCAUAUUUCAAGUUCUGAAGGGGAUCCAAUCAAUUUCUUGCUUCUUACUGCUGUUUUAAUGUCCACAAAUCUAACCUUAUGAUGUUCACAGUACUAUCCAGUCCUUUCUUCUUGUUUUUCCACAUCUCUUGUUGUUAUUUUCAUAUAUUUUUCCUUUCUCUUUGUGACCUCUGAUAGUCUCCACAAGCUGGUUAGACAGUUUGUAAUCCUGCGUGGAUAUUAUUAUUUUUAUCCAGUAGCCAUAUCCAGACGUUUUCCAUGUAACAUCACUUCCAUACAUCAAAACAGUCUUAGCGUCAUUAAUCUUCACCAAUCUGCCUCCUUUCUCAAAACCUCUGAGGAGAUUCACCAGGAAUGCAGUCUGAAAACAAGUCCAUUCCUUCUCUUGGCUAUAAAUCCUUUGGCAAGAUGGCGACUCUGAAUUAAUUGCUGCGCCAUUCCAAAAGCUCUUAUUGCUUCUCGGUCUCCAUAAAGCAUACUUUUGGUUAAAGUUUAUCUCCACACAGACCUUAAUCAUCCUGCUUGGGUCAGUUCAACCAACAAUUCUAAUGAGGAGGGGUUCUUGUAAAUCACAUAGAAGGAAAGUAAAAAAGGUCCCCCCCCCCAUUCAGUCCCGUUGUCAACAUACCCAGCCUUUGGUGUAUCUUCAUCGUAAAAUAUUCCUGUUUCUCCAACCCGUUGUCUUCUUUCGCAGAGGUCACUUAAAUUAGCAGACUUCACUCCCCUUCUUCACUUGAAAUAUGUGCAUUUGCUUCAUUUGUAAUUAAUUAUUCCAAAUUGCUGCAGCUAGUGCGCGAUCAGAGACAGCGUCCAGGAGAGCCGAGGUCCACACGGGGGCAUUAUGCCGAGGGCCCUCACCCCCUUCUUUCGAAUUAGGGGGUGAUUUAUGGGCACAGCAGGCAAGGGCAGUGUUCCCCAUUUCCUUGGGGCAACAAGGGAGGCUGCCUACUCCCAUAACAACCUCUUAAUUACCCCGUGUGGGUCGGAGAGAUGGUAUUGUCGGCCAUCUUCCAAUGCGCCCCCGAGUGGCCCCCCCAGAAUACUACAAUUUUCAACACUUAGGGAGGAAUUAAGCGCUUCCAAUAGUCCUGUCUAUUUCAGCUUGCCCAGUGGAUUUCUAGAUCACUUAACUGGCAAAUUGGUUUACAUAAAAAUAUUAUUAAAAAUACAGGUGAAAUACAAAUUUAAAAUGUAUAUAAAAUAUAGAUAAAAUAGAUAACUGAAAUACUGAUAAAAUCAAAAGUUUAAAACAAAUUGGCAUAUAAAAUGUAAUGAUUAUAAAUAAUAUCAGUAGUUUUAAAACUAAUACACAUAAUGAAAUUACGUUAAAAUUGUGUGUUGAAAUUACAUGUCUGUUUACGCUUCCUUAAACCAAACAAGUGAUUAUAUCCUUGGGUUAGAUCUCACCUCCAUGUGCACUUUGCAACAGAGAAGUGGCAACCUUGACCUAA